AUGUCGUCCACCCAGAGCGUCCAGUGCUUCGGCAAGAAGAAGACCGCCACUGCGGUUGCCCAGUGCAAGGCUGGCAAGGGCCUCGUCAAGGUCAACGGCAAGCCUCUCUCGCUUGUCCAGCCUGAGAUCCUCCGCUUCAAGGUCUACGAGCCCCUCCUCGUCCUCGGCCUCGACAAGUUCGCCAACAUCGACAUCCGCGUCCGCGUCACCGGUGGUGGUCACACUUCCCAGAUCUACGCCAUCCGUCAGGCCAUUGCCAAGUCUGUCGUCGCCUACUACCAGAAGUUCGUCGACGAGCACUCCAAGAACAUGCUGAAGCAGGCUCUUGUCCAGUUCGACCGUACCCUCCUCGUCGCCGACAACCGCCGGUGCGAGCCCAAGAAGUUCGGUGGUGUUGGUGCCCGCUCCAGAUUCCAGAAGUCUUACCGUUAA